CGUUUAAUUUCAUAAGGUUUAAUAUUUGCGGUUUAAAAUGCAUUUUGAAUUUUCGCCCCUUUAUAUAUUUUUUUUACCCCUUCCAAAACGGGAAUCUUACAGGCUUAUCCCGUUUCGGUUUUGACAUGGAAAUUAACUCACUGUAACAUAGACACUUGAAAUAAAUUCUAAAUAAUGAAACAAUAUGAAGAAGAUUCUACUAAAAAGAGAAGUUUGGUUGUUGAAGAUCCGAAAAGGUUCCCUCCACCUUUUAUUAAUCCCUUUUUAAGACUUGCCAUUUACAUUUACAUCAUUCUUCUCACAGGUAAUUUCUUUUUGGGAUGGACGGGUUUGCAGGAGCUUUUGUAUAAGGCUGGAAGUUUUGAGGAGUUGUGUGAUGAGUCCACUUCUGAAAUUGUUAAAAUCAGGUCAACUGAAAUCAUAGACUGUCCGGCUAGGAAGUUUUGUAUAAACCAGUUGUACACAAUUCAGUUUUCUACAAACAUUUCAAUGUGUUUUCUGGUUGGCAUUUUCCUCGACACCUUCGGCCAAAAGUACACUUUCGUUAUUGGACAACUUUUAUCCUUCGUAUGCGUUCUCCUAGUCGGAAUAUUCCCAAAAAACGGUCCACUACUGAGGGUACUAUUCUUCAUUCUCGGCGGCAUCACCGAAGCCAACUACCUACCACUCACCACAGUUUCGAGAUAUUAUCCGGGGAAUGGUAACUUUAUAAUGUCUUUGCUGGGCUCUGUGCGGUCGUUAUCGUUUUUUAUGACGAGUAUUUUAUCAGCUGUGUAUUACAAACCUGGUGUGAAAAGAGGUGCUCUGGUGUAUAUUAUAUUAGUUUACGGAUUAAUUUCUCACGUAGCUUCGGCGAUUAUUGGAAUUUUCUUAGUUCAGAAGGAUUUUUUCGGGGUUUCUGACUCUAAACCCUCAGAUUCCACGGAAACUCUGGCUGAAAUUCCAAGCAAAGUUGAUAGUGAAAAGGAUUUACUCAAGAGUUUAAGAGAGUUCCGUAUCAAGUGGGUUGAAAUUGUCAAGAGUGGAGUUAAUCAUGAGGAUUUCCCUCAGACGAUCAUGUUCACAGUUUCUGCGGCACUUUACGUGGCGUCGGUUGAGUUCAUAAGCAUGUCUCAGCGGGAGAUUCUGAGGACGUCGAGUGGGAAAUCAGCCAUUGGCGUCUUCAGAUUCACCUCAGCACUAGUGUUCAUACCCGGCCUAUUAGUAGGAUACAUUUCUGAUACUUUUGGAACACCCAAAGGACUACUAAUCAUGCAAGUCAGCUUGAUGUUAACGUAUGUAUGUGUAAUGUUUGAUACGUAUUGGGGUAAGGUGCUGGGAUGUGUUUUCCACUUAACGGGUGGUUCGUUGUUUUUUUCAAUUAUUUUCUUCUACGGGUAUGAGAAUUUCCCGCCGGAGAGGCUAGGCCUGGGGAUAGGGAUAAUCAUGUUCGUCUGCGGGAUCUUUGUGCUAAUUAACAUAGGAAUAUACAACGCCGCGCUGAAGUAUACUACACCUGAUAACUUCGCAAUGGUCGCGAUUGUUCUACUGGCGUAUCUCACAGUAUCAGUGGCCUCAAACUCGGGAGUAAUGUACCUCAAAAGCAGAAAAUCCAGCCAGAAAUCAACGACAGUUAACUUAAAUUUAUAAUUCUAAUUUGAUAGAAAUGAGUUGUA